ACACAUCACUUUUUGAAGUUCAAAAAUGACGUUGCUAUAUUACGGCUUGAUUCACAAGAUGCCAAGCUCAACACUUUGAGUGAGGGAGUUUUUGAAGAGUUUAGGCAAUGCUUUGAUCGAGUGCAAAUGACUGAGGAAAUAACAAGUGCUGUUCUAAUAUCUGGAAAACCAGGUUCAUUCGUCGCUGGUGCAGAUAUAGAUAUGAUUCAACGAGCGGGAAACGAAGAAGCUGCAAGAGAUCUUGCAGCUGGUGGUCAACAAAUGUUUUCCGAAAUUGAAAAAAGUAGAAAACCGUUUGUUGCUGCUAUCCAUGGAAUGGCAUUGGGUGGAGGUCUCGAGUUGACUCUCGCUUGCCACUAUCGUAUUGCAACAACAGAUAAAAGAACAAAUCUUGGACUACCUGAGGUUAUGCUUGGACUUUUACCAGGUGCUGGUGGAACACAGAGGCUCCCAGCUCUUGUUGGUGCUCAAACAGCUCUAGACAUGGCAUUGACUGGAAAAAAUAUUCCAGCGAAAAAGGCAAAAAGACUGAAUCUUGUUGAUCACUUGGUUGAUCCUUUAGGUCCUGGUUUACAAGAUCCAGAAACACUGACUAUGCAAUAUUUAGAGAAGGUAGCUGUGGAUGUAGCAAGAGGUCUUGCUGAUGGAUCCGUGUCAAUUCCAGCAAGGAAUUAUCAUUUCAAGACAGUGAGAAUGAUAAAUUCUCUUCUACAAAAAGAAUUCAUACGCAAUUACUUUUUCGAAAACCUUGUGAAAAAGAAGGUCAGAGCACAAACAAAAGGACUCUACCCUGCGCCACUGCUAAUUGCUGAUGUAAUUCAAGAAGGAAUAGCUAAGGGGAAGGAUGCAGGAUAUAAAAUGGAAUCGGAAGCGUUUGGAAAACUUUCUCAAACAAACGAAUCCAAAGCUUUAAUUGGUCUUUAUGCAGGACAAACUUAUUGCAAAAAGAACAGAUAUGGAAAACCACAGCGUAAAGUCGAGAACUUGGCUGUUCUUGGGGCUGGUUUAAUGGGUGCUGGUGUUGCACAAGUUAGUUUGGACAAAGGUUUCCAUACAAUCUUGAAAGACAGUUUUUCUUCCGGGCUAGCAAGAGGGCAGGAACAAAUUUACAAAGGCUUCAAUACGCAAGCAAAAAAGAAGAAAAUAACCACCUUUCAAAGAGAUCAAAUUGUUUCCAAACUCGAUGCUACUUUAUCAUACGAUAGUCUGAAAAACACGGAUAUUGUUGUUGAAGCUGUUUUUGAAGAUAUGAACGUAAAGCAUCAAGUUAUAAAAGAAACUGAAGCGGUUAUACCAGAGCAUUGUAUCUUUGCGUCAAACACAUCAGCAUUACCGAUAACUGAUAUUGCGAAAGCAAGCAAGAGACCAGAAAAAGUAAUUGGAAUGCACUACUUUUCACCUGUGGAUAAAAUGCAACUUUUGGAAAUCAUCACAACAGACAAGACGUCAAAAGACACCAUCGCUUCUGCCGUUGAUGUUGGUCUGAGACAAGGAAAAUUGGUUGUUUUAGUCAAGGAUGGUCCCGGUUUCUACACGACAAGAAUUUUAGCUCCUGGUCUGUCAGAAAUGAUUCGAUUAUUCCAAGAAGGUCAUGAUGCGAAGAAAAUAGAUAAACUUACAUCAGGAUUUGGAUUCCCAAUUGGUGUUGCCACUGUUUUAGAUGAGGUGGGCAUUGAUGUUGCCACACACAUCGCUGAAUACCUUGGUUCUGCACUCGGAGAAAGAUUGCAAGGUGGAAGCAUUGAUUUAAUGAAAGAUAUGGUUACUGCUGGAUUUUGUGGUAGAAAAACAGGAAAAGGAUUUUACGUUUAUGAUGGCAAAAGUUCGAAGAGUCGUCCUUUGAAUAGUGAUGCAUUGAAGAUUAUCGAAAAGUAUGCAGUCACUCCAGAUCCAUCUGUUUCAUCUGACCUUGACGUAACGAUGCGUUUUGCAACAAGAUUCACUAAUGAAGCUGUCCAUUGUUUACAAGACGGAAUUCUUGAAAGUCCACUUGAAGGAGACAUUGGUGCUGUAUUCGGUCUAGGAUUUCCACCAAACCUUGGAGGUCCGUUCCGUUACAUCGAUAUCCACGGAGCGCAAAAUUUAGUUGAUCACAUGAGGCGUUUUGAACAAAAAUAUGGAGCCGCUUUCACGCCGUGCGAUCUACUCCUGGAACACGCAAAAGAUCCAUCUAAAAAAUUUCACAAACAUUAAGUUUUUUACCAAAUUGAAAACCUUGGUUUCGACGAGUGAUAAUUUAGCCCGAGAAAAGUAAAAUUUGAAUGCCGGCAUUUCUGUAUUUCGAUGGCUUUGCACGAAGUUCAUGACCACCUACUUUUGUUGUUUAUUUCAAAUUACUUUCCGGAUUAUUACUCCUUGUUAUAGUUAUAAUUCUUGUCCAUGAAUUGAGUUUCUAAAACCAAAUAAAUUAUUAUUAUUGAUGAAAA